AUUGCCAAAUUCCACUAAACAAAUUAAGCUAAACCUUCUAGAAAAUUGGAUUUAUACAAAUUUACAGGUGAAAUCGCAGCAGCGAAGCUUGAAAUUCCUGAUAGAGUCACACUCGGUACAAUUAGACAAAUUUGGUAAAUUUCCACGUUCCUACCAAUCAGCCAUCCCUUUCCUUCAACUUACGUGUCAAGGUUUACAUUUUUUCACCGGCCCUCUCCAUCUGCGCUGAAAUUAUGUUCCCUCGCGGGCCUCUCUUUUCUUCCUUAAAGUCAAAAUCCAAAACCCCCGAUUAAACAACAAAUCUCACUUUAGUUUUAGCUUAAGGGCCAGGAAUCCUUUUAGUUUUAACCCCACGCGCAGACCAUGGCGCUUGGACAACAAGUUUCUUCUUCUCUUUAUAUUCCCAGACAUCUGCCACAUAAGAUACCGUACUUUUUUCCCUUCAUUUCUUCCCUUUGCUGUAUAAGCGCGAACCAUUUAUUUUGGCUUUAUACUUUGCUUUGCUUUUGAGCAACAAGAAAAUCAUUAAAAACACAGCUAAAUGUCAUUACUGUUUCAUAACUCAUGAGCAUCAUCAACAGUAGCAAAAACAACACUCCACCAGCUGAUGUCUUCUUCAAUUCAACACCUGAUGAAUCAAAAAGAUCGUAGCCGUUCAUUUCUUCGACUUUUCAGGCGGAACCAUGGACUACUUUGCAUGGGAAAGGCAAAGGCAAACUCACUUCUUUUCUCUUUCUGUUUCGUCGUUUCGUUGUCAACCGCGCAAAGCCAAACGAUCGCAGCUCCACCGCCACCGUCCAAUCCCUACGGAUCGGCUGGACCCAAAUUCAACCCAUCAAUGGCGAUUGUCAUGGUGGUUUUGGUCACAGCGUUUUUCUUCAUGGGAUUUUUUUCCGUUUACAUCAGGCAGUGCGCGGAAAGGAGGAUGCGCCGCGGGAACUGGGAUGCCUCCGUAAAUUUUGGGAGGCGAUCAAGGAGGUUGACGCGUGGACUGGACGCGUCGGUGAUCGAGUCUUUCCCGACGUUUCUUUACUCGACGGUCAAAGGACUCAAGAUCGGACAAGGCACGCUCGAGUGCGCCGUUUGCUUAAACGAGUUUGAAGACGACGAAACGCUGCGUUUGAUUCCUAAAUGUAGCCACGUCUUUCAUCCUGAUUGCAUCGACGCUUGGCUCUCUUGUCAUUCCACCUGUCCCGUUUGCCGCGCCAAUUUGGCUCCAAAGCCCGGUGAGACAAUCACCUGCGCUACGGUCCAAGUGUGCGAUUCGGACCUUGAGCCCGAAAACCGACCCGACAACAAUAAUUUAAGCAAUGAAACGAGUCGUAUUGAGGUUGUUAAUCAGACAAGGGAUAUAGAAACGCCGGAUGUGAAUAUGACAAAUUCAAACACGGCAAAUAAUCAGUACAGUCUUCCUACGUCACGGUCGACGGGGUGGAGGUUGACCCGGUUGUUUCCGCGGUCUCACUCGACGGGUCACUCGCUGGUACAGCCGGGAGAGAAUUAUGAGCGGUUCACGCUAAGGUUGCCGGAGGAUGUACGGAGCCAGUUGAUGAACUCGAGCUUGAGCCGUACUAAGAGUUUUGUGGCGUUCCCCAGAGCGAGGAGUUCGAGGAGGGGUUAUAGGAGUAGGAGUUUAGGGAGGAAUUAUUUUAACUACGAGAGGUUCGAUCGGUCAGAUCGGUGGGGGUUCACUAUGACUCCUCCGUUUUUCUCUAGGACCGGAUCGGUUAGGUCUCCAAAACCGGUGGUUGGUGGUGGUGAUGAGGGGUUGGCUACGCCGCCGCCGAAGGGUCUGUUUAAAUCGAUUAAAUCGCCAUUUGAUCGUUUGUUUAUUGGAGCAGAUGAUAACGUAGGUGAACAAUCAUCGGACAGGCUGCGGCCUGAAAGUCAAGUCUAGACUGUCUUGUAGUUGGUGGUUCACUGAAUUUUUUGGUCUUUGGUUUUGAGGUUUGACAACUGAAUAUAUGUGUACAUUGGGCUCUUUUUUUUUUUUAAUCUUUUCAUUUUUACCUAUCUUCAGUUUUCAUCCGUUUGUUUUAAUUUAUUUUUAUUCUGAUUUUUCUUGGGUUGUAGCUUAAAUGACCAAAAUAUAAGUUUAUGUUAUCAAAGGAAAAAAAAUACUAAAUACCUACACUUAGUCAGAAUUUUCAAAAUGAUUUAUCUAUAUAAAUAUUUUUAUUGCAUCCAAAUAUUUUGUUCAGUGCAUAAUUGUCUUA